AUGAUUAUACCAGCUGAAUUCGAAAAAUUAAAACACUCAAUAGCAGGCGCUAUUGCAGGAGGUGUAAGUUCAGUGGUUACGUGUCCUCUAGAUGUGGUAAAAACAAGGUUACAAAAUCAAGGAAAAAUCUCUCUCGACCACAGACCAGGUGUACCUUUGUAUCACGGAACUGGAAGUGCAUUAAAAAGAAUAUGGCUGGAAGAAGGCAUUCAAGGAUUAUAUCGCGGUCUUGGCCCCACAAUGUAUGGAUAUUUACCAACUUGGGCAAUUUAUUUUUCUGCAUAUGAUUAUUUUAAACUAGCUUUAUCAGAGAAUGCAGAUAAACGACUAGAUGAUAAUAAAUGGGUCGUACAUAUACUGGCUGCUAUGGGCGCAGGAGCUACAAGUACCGUGGCCACUAAUCCAUUAUGGGUGAUUAAAACAAGAUUUAUGACACAAAAUCAUAUGACAUCAUACAGAUACAAGAACACAAUUCAUGCAUUUACUACAAUUUAUGCUCAUGAAGGCAUCAAAGGAUUUUACAAAGGUCUUGGUCCUUCUUUGAUGGGUGUUAGUCAUGUAGCAGUACAAUUUCCAUUAUAUGAAAAAAUGAAAGUCUGGUUAAAAUCGCCUGAUCAAGAACAUUUAUCCAAUCUAUCAAUCUUAUCCGCUUCAUCAUCCUCAAAAAUGGCUGCAUCAUUAGCCACUUAUCCACAUGAGGUGGUUCGUACCAGACUACAAAAUCAAACUGUCAAGCCAUUCAAAUACAAAGGUGUUUGGAAUGCAAUUAAAUUGAUUAAUAAAGAGGAAGGUUUGAUGGCUUUCUAUAAAGGGAUGUCAACAAAUUUGCUUAGAACCGUUCCUUCUAGUGCUUUGACUAUAUUAAUCUACGAAAUAUUAAUAAGGAAACUUAAUUCAACUUCACCAUCUUCUUCUGAUAAAUAA